AUGGUUUCGAUGGCUGAGUGGGAAGCCAUGCGUUGCCAAAAGUUAGAGCCCCUGGCGAACGGAUACUUCGAAACGGAGCCGAUACUGGGAUUCGAUUCGAAGGCACUGUACGCAUGCGACGACGGAUUCAUUUUGAGUGGCAGGAAGGAGAGGAGGUGCCAGGCUGACGGGACCUGGAGCGACAAACCUCCCAAGUGCCUGUCCGAAGCAAUAAUCAAUAGUUAUACAAUGUCAACAUUUGCAAUAUGGUUGGAUGCACGAUCGUACAGUUUCAGUUCAACGUAUGCUUUAAAAAGUUUCAAAACGAGAAAUGAAACUAAAAUGUUGGCAGGAGCAUGUGGACAGCCGCCAUUUGUCCUGCACGCCACUUUCAACGACCCCAAACCAUCUCAAUCAUCCUCACCUCUGUCAGUUUCCUCAUCUUCAUUUCUUUCUUCCUCACCAACGUUAUCAUCAUCAUCAUCAUCAUCAUCCUCAUCAUCCUCGUCCUCAUCCUCCUCAUUAAAUGCGUCAUACGACUACUCAACGCCGAACAUCAUAACGAACUACGACGAGGAGGUCACCUACGAACUGGGAACCCAGCUGUGGUACCAAUGUGAGAGGGGGUACCGGAGGGUUGGACUGGACAGGACCAUCUGUGCGGGGGAGGGGAGGUGGACCAUCCUGAAGAUGAAGUGCUUACCCAUAGAAUGUUCGACCCCCGGAAAGGUCUUGAACAGCAAACUCAUGUUGAAAUCAUACCACCAUCAUCAUCCCAAUCACAAUCUUCAAAGACCGGUUAAAAGUAGCGACUACCUGGACGACAAAAGUGAGGAAACUUACUACUACCGCGACAAAAUUGUCUACGGAUGUUUGAAUGGAUACUACUUGAAAGGAAACAAGGAAAGGGAAUGUACGGCCGGUGGUAGCUGGUCCGGCAGAGAGCCAUCCUGUAUUGCUGUUAACUGCCUCAAGCCAAGAUCCAUCGAGAACGGCGUCCUGAAACAACAUCACGUGAUCACUGACGACAAAUACGAAGCGUAUGGUUCUCUGGUGACGUACAUCUGCAAUGAAGGUCACGUGAUCGAGGGCGACGACACGAGGAUGUGUCUGGAAGACGGGGAGUGGUCCGGACUGGAGCCAACUUGCAAAGGUAUCAUUAAUUCUUACGAAAGAACUUCCUCAGCGUUGCAUUCUAUGCAGCUGUAG